CCAGGCUGCUACAUCAGAGGUAUACCGUUUUCAAACACUCGGAACAACAUCACACUCAAAAGAGAGAAGUUUCUGUGAGCGUCAAGAUGGCUUCGUUAAUAGCAAACUGUCUGUUGCUUUUGGCUGCCGUUACUUUCGUAUCGGCCCAGGACUGUCCACCAUACUGGUCCAUCUCUGGCGAUUUCUGCCUGCAAUUUUUCAAAGAGCCGCUGACAUGGCAAGAAGCUCAGGGCACCUGUGCAAGGUUUGCCUCCUGCUCCACCGGUGCCUCAGCGUCCCUCGUCAAGAUCACCGAGCAAUCCAUGAAUGAUCGUCUCAACAUCUUUCUGGGCCUCAAGUCCGACCCUAUCGCCGACGUAUGGAUUGGUCUGAACGACGUACAGGUCGAAGGGCAGUACAAGUGGGCUGAUGGCACACCAAGCACCCAGUACCCGUACAAGAACUUCGCCGCUGGGGAGCCCAACGGUAACUCCAUGAAUGGACAACCGGCUGAUUGCUUUCAGCGCAGCGGAGCGACGGGUACGUGGAGCGACGAGGCAUGCGGUCAGGCAUCACCCUUUGUUUGCCAAAUGGUACGUAGGAUUCCGGCGGUUCCUGCGGUUCCUGCGGUUCCUGCAAACCCAGCUGCACCACCACCACCACGUAUAUAAACUCAUAAAGAAAACAAUAUUUUGUGACUUUUUGCUGCAAUACAGCAGCAAGAUAUCUUCAUACCAGACCCCCUCUCUUGACUUGACAAGAAACGCUUCUUCGGUUCAGUGGCUUAAAGAUACAGCGUUCGCAUUCGGACAUCGCCAUCAGAUAGCCCCACCCAGCAUGGACUUCAUCUCGAAAGAACACUGAAAUUACUUUAAUUGAACUCAUUAUAAUAAUUAUAAAUGUUGAUGAAGUAACUUACCCCCUCUAUUUGCUGAACCUAGAGUUGAAAUCAUCAACACUUUUACAUUUUGACUGAAUGUGUGUUCGAACAAAAUGAACGCCAUUGAAUUCCAUCGCAAAUAUUUUAAGACCACAAAAAGGUGCUCUUUUUUAUUCGGAAGCAAUAUUUAUUAUUCGACCUAGGGAAUUCAAAUAACCGGUAUUGAUAACAGAAAGUGUUUGUUUUGUUUGUCUACAAAAGCGAGAGAAGAAAAAGUUAUUCCUGGCCUUAGCCUUAGGCCGUGUCCGAAAUAUUGGCUUUGCAGCGGCUGUGGCUGACACACGAUGUCAGCCAACGGCCAUUGUGGUAGCCAGAACUCGGACUCGGUCUAUAUUAGUGACUAAAAUUGGCUUCGAGAAAGUUGACUUGUUUAUUUUACCGUAAAUUUUGUAAAUCAAAAUAAUAAAACUGGAUGGAAAUAAAACAAAACUAACCAAUAACGGUUCUUUCACAAC